AUGGGCAAGGAGAAAGUAUCUUUUAAUCUCAAAACGCCCAAGGGCACCAAGGACUGGUUUGGCGCUGACGGCCUCCUCCGCGACCGCAUCUUCAACUCCAUCACCGAAGUUUUCAAACGCCACGGCGCAACCUCCCUAGAUACCCCCGUCUUCGAGCUGCGAGAAAUCCUCGCGGGCAAAUAUGGCGAGGAUUCAAAGCUCAUAUACGACCUGCAGGAUCAGGGAGGAGAGCUCUGCUCGCUCCGCUACGACCUCACCGUCCCCUUCGCCAGAUGGCUCGCCAUGAACCCCAAUAUCCGGAGUAUAAAACGUUACCAUAUCGCCAAGGUAUACCGGCGUGACCAGCCGGCCAUGUCCAAGGGCCGCAUGCGCGAGUUUUAUCAGUGCGAUAUCGACAUUGCUGGGGCAAAUUAUGAUCCAAUGGUCCCUGAUGCGGAGAUACUGAGGAUUGCAACGGAAGUAUUUGAGGGGUUGGGAUGGAAGGGAAGUUAUACUAUCAAAGUGAACCAUCGCAAAAUCCUUGAUGGGCUCUUUGAGGUGUGCGGUGUCCCUAAGGAAAAGAUACGGACUAUCUCGAGUGCUGUCGAUAAGCUUGACAAGCUGCCGUGGGUGGAUGUUCGGAAGGAGAUGGUUGAAGAGAAAGGACUUGAUGGUGCUGUUGCGGAUAAAAUAGAAACGUAUGUGGUCAGAAAAGGAGGGCGUGAACUCCUCCAGUCGCUACAGACAGAUGAGGCUUUGGUUGCCAAUCCGUCUGCCAAAGCCGGCCUGGAGGAGAUGGGACAUCUGAUAGACUAUCUCGAAGCAUUCGAUAUCUUGGAUAAAAUAUCCUUUGAUAUGAGCCUAGCUCGUGGUUUGGAUUAUUAUACAGGCGUCAUUUACGAAGUCGUCACGGAAGGUUCAGCGCCAGCUGAAGUUCCAUCCACAGGCGAAGAAGCUCAGAAAUCCCAAAGGGAAAGUAAAAGCAAAUCUAAGAACGACGACGACGACCGAUCGAAUGACCCAUCGAUAGGAGUGGGGAGCAUCGCAGCCGGCGGUCGAUAUGAUGAGUUAGUUGGCAUGUUCUCGAACAGGGCUCAGAUACCCUGCGUGGGCAUAUCGUUUGGAGUCGAUAGAAUCUUCUCUAUCACCAAAGCUCGUAUGGAACGGGAGAAUACCAACGUGAGUAAGCUCAGCGAAGUGGAUGUCUAUGUUAUGGCGUUUGGCGGGAAGGGCUUCACUGGCCUGCUCAAAGAGAGAAUGGAUGUCGCAAGGAGACUAUGGGAUGCUGGCAUCAAGGCCGAAUUUUCGUAUAAGCGCAAACCCAAGCCACAACAACAAUUCGAAGCAGCUGAGGCCAACGCUGUGCCCUUCGCUGUUAUAGUUGGCGAAGACGAGCUUGCAAAUGGCCAGGUGCGUGUCAAAGAGAUGGGGUUGGAGAAGGGGCAUCCGGAGAAGGACGGCGUCUUGGUUGAUCUGUCGACCUUAGCGGAGGAAGUAAAGGCUCUAUUGGAGCGCAAGAGAGCUGUUGCAGCAGCAGUGGCAGCAGGAAAAAUGUAUAGCGUUGAUGAGACGGUGGUUGCGAAGAAGUUAGAGAAUUUAGAUGUUAAAGGGCGAUAG